GGUGAUGGUGAUGCAGAGGCUAACAGAGAAGUUGAUAAUUCGUUCAGGAAGGGGAUAACACCAGCUGAAGCUACUGCGUAUUAUUCUAACUGGGUGGAUGAUGAUCAGAAGUAUGAGAAGGAUAUGUGUCCAGGUCGGUACAACGGACCCAUGAUUGCAGGCAAGGCAGUUGCUGAUUACUUUGAAAGCGACAGGGAGAAGAAGAAGAUUCUAGACAUUGGUGCAGGAACUGGCUUCGUAGCUGAACAGCUGAAGUCCCAUGGGUUUGUCCACAUUGAUGCACUUGAGCCCUCCAGCAGGAUGCUACUGAGAGCCCAGAAGAAGGGCUUGUACCAGGAGUGUUAUAACGAGUAUCUGUGUCAGGUUCCCCUGGCCAUCCCCAAUGAUACAUACGACUGCGCCGUCACCAGCGGCGGCAUGGGAGAGGGACACAUUCCUUGUUCCGGAAUUCUGGAGCUGAUCCGGAUCGUUAAACCAGGCGGCAUUAUAUGCAUUGUAAUGCGUGAGGUGUUCCUGAGAGAAGUGGAUGAAUACAAGGAUCGACUGGAGCCCCUCAUGGACUCCCUAGAGAAGGAGGGGAAAUGGAGAAAAAAUAUAAUCGGUGACGUAGAUGAAACACCCGGAUGA